CCAUUUUUUAAGCAAUGGUAACAAAUAAUCAAAAUAUUAGUACAAAUACUGAAGAUAUUGAGAAUGGUGAAAGUGCUGAUUCAUGGCAAGAUUUACUAGGCAUAACUGCCGAUCCACCCGAACGCAGAGACAAAUGUGAACAAUGCAAACGCCCGCAAGUUGUAUGCUGGUGUGCCUCCUUGCCCAAUCCCCCACUAGAUAUUGCUAGUUCUGUUGUCAUACUCCAGCAUCCAGCUGAGGAAAAACGUUCACUGCGCACAGCUUUAAUGCUGCAACUGGGAUUGAAACCCGGCAAGUGCACUGUUUACAAGGGCAAGAAAUUUCCUACACCAAAAAAUCAAGUAGAACUGGAACCGAUUCUAGGUUCAGCCAACUCUUUAUUACUAUAUCCCAGCAGAGAAUCUGUGCCUUUAGAGACAAUAAAAGAAAAAUCUCAAACACUAGACGGAUCCGCUGGACCCUUUACUCUAGUGCUAAUAGAUGGUACUUGGCCGCAGGCAAAAGCCAUAUACGCCAGCAGCCCAAUGUUACACCAUAUGACUCAAGUUAAACUUAUUGCUGCCGGAUCUAGUGAUUACAUUAUUCGCACCCAGCCCACAGAAGGUUGUCUCAGCACGUUAGAGACUGCUGCUCAGUCGUUAUCGGUUCUAGAAGGACGCCCAGAAUUGCGGGAACUCUUAGUAAGUCCAUUGCAUACACUGUGUAAAUAUCAGCUCGAAAAUGGUGCCGUUGAACAUCAGUCCAAAGAAUUUAGAAUCAGAAACAAUAAAUAUCCCAAACAAAUUGGCAAACGCCUCAAUCGCUUACUUAAUUAUAGCACUAUUUGUAAACUAGAUGCAAAUGAAGAAAAUACACAUGCCUACACUACAUCCGAUUUACAAAAUACAUGAAGAAGAGCUGUGCUAGUCAUUCGAUGUUUUUACUUUAAUAGUCAGAAAUUUUGAUUUUGUCAUGAACGUUUUUCUAUUAUAAUAGUUUAAUAAUAUUAAAUUAAUAUAUAUACUUACAAUUACACACACAUAUACAUACCUAAAUGCAUACAUACAUAUUUAUCAUCUGAAUUCCUAAAUAAAGUUUUAAAAAAUCGAGAUUUGAAAA